AUGUAUGGUAUUGAAAAACAGAAGUUUCCUGGCAUUACUAUUAUUGCUGCUACAAACAAAGCCGAACAAAUUGAUCUAUCCCUCAUAGCUAAUCUUUUUUCGGGUCCUUGCCCACGUACUUUUUUUCGAUGGUGUUUUCAAUGGUGUUUCAAUGAUUGUUUUGAUGGUGGUCACGAUGGUUUCGUUAGUGUUGUCGACGGUGUUUUCGAUGGUGAUUUUGAUGGUGGUUUCAACAGUGGUUUUGAUGGUGGUUUUUAUGGUGGUCUUGGUGGAUUCGAUAGUGGGUUUGAUGGAUUCGAUG